GCUGCGCGGUGGCGGCGGCUGUGUGUGCGCCGCGCCCCGCCGCUCCCCGCCGGGCCCCCGAGCCCGGGGCGCACGCUCGCGCCCGGGAGGCGCAGCCAUGGCCCUGCGGAGGCUGGGGGCCGCGCUGCUGCUGCUGCCGCUGCUCGCCGCCGUGGAAGAAACGCUGAUGGACUCUACCACUGCCACUGCAGAGCUGGGCUGGAUGGUGCAUCCUCCAUCAGGGUGGGAGGAGGUGAGCGGUUACGACGAGAACAUGAACACCAUCCGCACGUACCAGGUGUGCAACGUGUUUGAGUCCAGCCAGAACAACUGGCUGCGGACCAAGUUCAUCCGGCGCCGCGGCGCCCACCGCAUCCACGUGGAGAUGAAGUUCUCGGUGCGCGACUGCAGCAGCAUCCCCAGCGUGCCCGGGUCCUGCAAGGAGACUUUCAACCUCUACUACUACGAGGCCGACUUCGACUCGGCCACCAAGACCUUCCCCAACUGGAUGGAGAACCCCUGGGUGAAGGUGGACACCAUCGCGGCUGACGAGAGCUUCUCGCAGGUGGACCUGGGGGGCCGGGUCAUGAAGAUCAACACCGAGGUGCGGAGCUUCGGGCCCGUGUCCCGCAGCGGCUUCUACCUGGCCUUCCAGGACUACGGGGGCUGCAUGUCCCUCAUCGCCGUGCGGGUCUUCUACCGCAAGUGCCCCCGCGUCAUCCAGAACGGUGCCGUGUUCCAGGAGACGCUGUCCGGGGCGGAGAGCACGUCCCUGGUGGCCGCCCGGGGCAGCUGCAUUGCCAAUGCCGAGGAGGUGGACGUGCCCAUCAAACUCUACUGCAACGGCGACGGCGAGUGGCUGGUGCCCAUCGGCCGCUGCAUGUGCAAGGCCGGCUUCGAGGCCGUGGAGAACGGCACCAUCUGCCGAGGUUGCCCAUCUGGAACCUUCAAGGCCAACCAAGGGGACGAGGCCUGCACCCACUGCCCCAUCAACAGCCGGACCACUUCAGAAGGGGCCACCAACUGCGUCUGCCGCAACGGCUACUACAGAGCAGACCUGGACCCCCUGGACAUGCCUUGCACAACCAUCCCCUCCGCCCCUCAGACGGUCAUCUCCAGCGUCAACGAGACGUCCCUCAUGCUGGAGUGGACGCCGCCCCGCGACUCGGGCGGCCGCGAGGACCUCGUCUACAACAUCAUCUGCAAGAGCUGCGGCUCGGGCCGGGGCGCCUGCACCCGCUGUGGGGACAACGUGCAGUACGCGCCGCGCCAGCUGGGGCUGACAGAGCCGCGCAUCUACAUCAGCGACCUGCUGGCGCACACCCAGUACACCUUCGAGAUCCAGGCCGUGAACGGGGUCACCGACCAGAGCCCCUUCUCACCACAGUUCGCCUCCGUGAACAUCACCACCAACCAAGCAGCUCCAUCGGCCGUGUCCAUCAUGCACCAGGUGAGCCGUACCGUGGACAGCAUCACCCUGUCCUGGUCCCAGCCUGACCAGCCCAACGGCGUCAUCCUGGACUAUGAGCUUCAGUACUAUGAGAAGGAGCUCAGUGAGUUCAACGCCACGGCCAUAAAGAGCCCCACCAACACGGCCACGGUGCAGGGCCUCAAAGCCGGCGCCAUCUAUGUCUUCCAGGUGCGGGCUCGCACUGUGGCAGGCUACGGGCGCUACAGUGGCAAGAUGUAUUUCCAGACCAUGACUGAAGAUGAAGAAACUGAGCCUCAGAGAGCCGAGUACCAGACGAGCAUCCAGGAGAAGCUGCCUCUCAUCAUCGGGUCUUCGGUGGCCGGCCUGGUCUUCCUCAUUGCUGUGGUCGUCAUCGCCAUCGUGUGCAAUAGACGGGGCUUUGAGCGCGCCGACUCGGAGUAUACAGACAAGCUGCAGCACUACACCAGCGGCCACAGUACGUACCCCCGCGGGCCACCUCUGCGCGUCGUCCUCACCACCUCCCUGCCUCCCUGCUUGCGGCCGCCAGACUGGCAGUCAGUGACGCCAGGAAUGAAGAUCUACAUUGACCCUUUCACCUAUGAAGACCCCAAUGAGGCUGUCCGGGAAUUUGCCAAGGAAAUUGACAUCUCCUGCGUCAAAAUUGAGCAGGUGAUCGGAGCAGGGGAGUUCGGCGAGGUAUGCAGUGGCCACCUAAAGCUGCCCGGCAAGAGAGAGAUCUUUGUGGCCAUCAAGACCCUCAAGUCGGGCUACACAGAGAAGCAGCGCCGGGACUUCCUGAGCGAGGCCUCCAUCAUGGGCCAGUUUGACCACCCCAACGUCAUCCAUCUGGAGGGCGUGGUCACCAAGAGCUCACCCGUGAUGAUCAUCACCGAGUUCAUGGAGAACGGCUCCUUGGAUUCCUUCCUUCGGCAAAACGAUGGGCAGUUCACCGUCAUCCAGCUGGUGGGCAUGCUGCGGGGCAUUGCGGCGGGCAUGAAGUACCUGGCGGACAUGAACUACGUGCACCGAGACCUGGCCGCCCGCAACAUCCUGGUCAACAGCAACCUGGUGUGCAAGGUCUCAGACUUCGGGCUGUCCCGCUUCCUAGAGGAUGACACCUCCGACCCCACCUACACCAGUGCCCUGGGUGGGAAGAUCCCUAUCCGCUGGACAGCCCCAGAAGCCAUCCAGUACCGGAAGUUCACCUCAGCCAGCGACGUAUGGAGCUACGGGAUCGUCAUGUGGGAGGUCAUGUCCUACGGGGAGCGGCCCUACUGGGACAUGACCAAUCAGGACGUCAUCAACGCCAUAGAGCAGGACUACCGGCUGCCACCGCCCAUGGACUGUCCAAGCGCCCUGCACCAGCUCAUGCUGGACUGCUGGCAGAAGGAUCGCAACCACAGGCCCAAGUUCGGCCAGAUUGUCAACACACUCGACAAGAUGAUCCGCAACCCCAACAGCCUCAAAGCCAUGGCGCCUCUCUCAUCGGGGAUCAACCUGCCCCUGCUGGACCGCACGAUCCCCGACUAUACCAGCUUUAACACGGUGGACGAAUGGCUGGAGGCCAUCAAGAUGGGGCAGUACAAGGACAGCUUCGCCAGCGCCGGCUUCACCUCCUUCGAUGUCGUGUCACAGAUGAUGAUGGAGGACAUUCUCCGUGUCGGGGUCACGUUGGCCGGCCACCAGAAAAAAAUCCUGAACAGCAUCCAGGUGAUGCGGGCACAGAUGAACCAGAUCCAGUCGGUGGAGGUUUGACGCUCGCCUGCCUCAGCUCACCUCUUCCUCCAGGCCCACCCCACCCCCCCAUGCGCCAGCCUCCCUGGUUCUCCGUCCACCGCAGGGUCCGCCGCCCUCCAGGAGGCCACGGGCCACAGGAAGAACCCAGCGGUGUGCCUGGCUCGCCACGUCACUAAGAACCCGUGCAACUCGGACGAUGGGAAAGCAAGGAACGGGGGUGCGAGCAAACAGGUCCUGGGAGGGGCAGGGGAGGCGAGGAACAGUUUUCAAAGAGGAUUCUCAUAAGGAAAGUGAUUCUUGUUCUUGGGGAGGAAAAGGGCUCGGGAGAUCCAUGCGGCUUGUCCAGAGACCAAACGCAGUUUCUCUCCAGCUCCCCCCGGGAAGGUGGCCUGCUCAGAGCCCGGGAAACACUUUCAGGAAAACCUGUUUCAAUGGGAGCGACAGGGGCCACCUUCUCGCCUGUCUCCCAACUGCUCUCAUGGAUCUCACCAGCCGCCACGUGCCAGAGCGACACCCCAGGGACCCCUCUGGGCAGAUCUGUUCUUGCGGCCGCAAAGCGUUCAGAAGAAUUUUUCUCCUGAGAGAUUUUUGGACCCUCCAACAAGAAAGACGUGUUUCUCCUGCCAGCUCUGGGGGGCUGGGGUCCUGGGAACCCCUGAAAGCCCACGUUCCCCAGGGUCUGCAGCAACACACACGUGUGCAUGUACAGCAUCAUGUGCACAGCCCGCCAGCGCCCCCGGGAUCCGGCCACGUGACUGCCACCAGCUCCUGCUGCCACUGAGGAGGGCACACGCUCCGUGUCCCGGUUUGUCACAGCGAGUCGUGGACUCGGGGAUUUGGGUCGGGUGGAUCUGGCUCCGGGGGGGUUGUUGGUUUUUUUUUUUUUAAAUGACAAUGAAGUGACUUUGACAUUUCCUACCUUUCAAGGACUUGCUCCUUCUCCAGGAAGAAGGUGCUUUCUGCUUACUGACUUAGGCAAUACACCAAGGGCGAGGUUUUAUAUGCACAUUGCUGGAUUUUUAUAUGAUUUUCAUGGACCCCCCCCUUCUCUUUUACUCCCCCCACCACAUAGAGUGCCCACCUGCUGCCAGGCCCCACCAAAGCCAACUGUCAUGGGGCCCUCAGGGCUAUUCAGAGUCGGGGUGAGACCUGGGCAGAGCCACGGCAGAGGGGGCCCAGCCCAGGAUGGACAGAAAGAGACGGGGGUGUUUUCUGAGGCUGCCAGGCCCAGGUCUCUACUCUCCUCUGGCCGUCAUGGACCCAGUCCUUCCCGGGCUUCUGAGCACCCUUCGGGUGACCAGACCCCCGUUGGGCAACUGGGAGCCUAACUCGGGCUGGGUCAGCGGCCGGGACCAGAUCAUUCACUGUGAAUCCCAGUCCUCCGAGCACCCCCUCCGACGGUGUGCAGGCCAACUCCCACCCUCCCCCGGGGAGAGAGCGUGCCAUCUCCCCCACCUUCUCCCCUCCGCCAGGCCUCUGCCGGGGUCUGAAAGCCUUGCCACGGGAGAGGCAUCAGCCGGGGGCCCUGGCCCAACACCCUCCUCUGAGCAAAGGCAGACACUGUGCACGGAACGACGGCUGGCGAACCCAGUGGAAAUAAAUGCUUUAGUUAAAAGCCGCCCCUGUGCUGUGGGAGUUCAGAGACGCCCUGGGCACCCGCUCCGUGGCCCAGGCUGCUCUCUUAAGGGAUGAGUCCCCAGCACAGAGAGACAGGCGUGGCUCAGAGCUGGCUUCUCUGCCCGCUCCUCAUGGAGAGCCCUGCAGGGCCUUGCCCGGGGAGCACGCAGUUCUCCUGGACCAGGGAAGGGGUCCAUAUUUCAGGUAUGAGGGAGAGUGAGGGGCACGGCUACCCAGAGACCCCCCCCAGCCCCUGGGACGCCCACCUUCUGGUGCUCACGCAUCUGCCGUGCGUCCCAGUCCUCCUUCUGUACAGUCUGCGCGCCUUGGCGGGAGGCGGCAGCAGGGGCGCGAAGGAGGUGGGGUCUGGCUGUGCAAGGGAGGCCUAAUGCUGUCUCAGGACCUCUUCCUUCCUUUGUCCAGGGGAGGCUGGCCGGCAGGAGAGCACUGGGCUGCAGGAGGCCAGCUGAAGGGUCUGCCUGGGGCACAUCCUGCCUGCACCACCAGGCUUCUGUCACUCACCUGUUUUCCAGAGCUCGAGAUGGAUGGGGAAGGAAGGGAUUAAAGGGGAGCUUGGGCCCCCAGAGGGGACAGUUGAAUGAGCCACAAGGAGAGACUUGGCAAGAAUCCCACAGACUGGCCAGCCGUGGCCAAGCCACCCCAAAGAUGCCCAGCACGGGUGGCAGCUGUCCCGGCACACAAGGUCACCUUCUGGAGGGAGCUGCCCUGAUGCUCUUUAGAUUAACUCUGUCCCCCAGCCCCCCCCCCACCUCCAGCCUGCCCCCACUGCCCUGCCCUCCCCCCCCCCCGCAGGAGGCUGGCACUCAGUGCUUCCUGUCAGAUGGUUUCCUGCCCUAAGCCGCUGGGCUGCUUCUCUAGCCAGAGCGUCUGCCUGUCCACCUCCCAGGCCGCGUCCCCAGUGGGCCUGGGCCUUCGUGGGCCCAUAUCUCAGAGCGAGGAGCCCUCUGUCUCCACUUCAGGGUAACAGACGUCACUGUGACUGCCCCGGGCUGCCGGCAGGUGCUCCCUCUCCCCCCUCGCCCGAGCGGCUCCCCCACCCACUUCUUGCCGGCUUCUCGGCGGGGAGUGGCAGGCCACGGUGCCAAGCGUCUUCCAUUGACUGCCCGCUCGCCCGGGCACACGGCUCCAAGCCCCCCGCUGCCUGGUUACUAAUCCUUUCCUGGCUCAUCCUCUCCCCCCAGUGCCAGCCUCCACCUGCCCAGUCGUGUGAGAGGCGCUUCCGGCUGCCCAGCACAGUUGGUGCUGGAGGGGACAGAGCUGCCGUGGAAACAUGGGCUGGAGCACCGUGGAAAUGGGCACCAGCUGCUCAGGGCGGGUGUGGCGAGCAGGCUGGGGGACAGGGAGUGCACCGUGCCCCUGUACCCAUUGCCCUGUCAAUGGGUUUUUGUUCCUGCCCUGCGGGCCUGAGUAUCAGACAGGGAAUGAUGCUCCAAAUCUCUCCCUGCUUCUGAGGAUGACGAGGGUCUCAGGGCUGGACCAGAAGGCCACCGGGUAUGGGACAAGGUAGAGAGGGCUACUGGGGCCACUUCCAGGACUCUGGGCAGUGGCUAUUUUCUAACCAGCAUGGGGUGCUGCUCACACAGCCUCAGUCCCACUUCUUGCAUCAUUUACGGUUGGUCCCAAUCUCUGCUGGAGUCUCUGCCACCUGCUUGUGUGCAGCCACAAGCCUUGCACCCCUCUCAGAUGGGAGCUCCACUCCAGAAAUUCCUCACACCCAGCUGGAGCCCAGGAGGCCCCAGACCACUGCCCACCCCAGUGCUAGACCCCUUUAGUUCCAAGACUGGAAGCGUCUGAUCAGAAAGGUCACGUGGACACCUGUCAAGUGCAGGCUAUGGGAUGAUGCUAGGGAAACGCUUCCUUUGCUGCUGGGGAAGGAGGGGGCAGCCUUGAGGCUGCCCUGGACCUCAGAUGUGGGUCUGGAUGAAUCUCUUCCUCCUCACUGGGCCACCCUCUCCUCCGUGUGAGAUCAGAGGAGUGGACGAGGUGAGCAGGUGUGUAGGGAGCGUUGUCCACUGCCAUCUGGGAGGAGGGGCUCUUUCCUUCCCUCCAUCAGGCUCAGGGAGGCAAAGCGGGACUGUACAGCCAGGAUGGGGCCAAGUAGCAUCGGGGUGUCCACACUCAAGUAGAUGACAGGACGCAACGGGUGUCUCAGGCCAGUGGGUAAGGAAAGGGAGGUCCUGCCGGGCUGGAGGGGAACAAGGAGCAGCGGGUUGAGGAGACAACAAAGUGGAGAGAAAGGCGGAUGGUCAAAUGGUACCAAAGAUGCAGGGGCCGACGGGGCAGGGUGUGUGAGGAGGUGGGACAGCUUGAGGGUUAGAUGCGAAGUGGGCUGCAGCCACAGCGGGGUCUUUAAAAGAGCAACAGAGUGGGCACUGGGCUGCAGGAGGCGGAGUCAGAGUGGCCACCCCCCCCGGGGGGCCCUUCCUCCCGCUCCUAUGGGAGGAAGGGCCCCCUCACUGGAGUCUGCCUCUACCCAUCCUCAGCCACUGACGCAGAUAAUCCAAAGAGUCAUUUCAGCCACCCAGAACAGCGGGGCGGGAUUCUGUGCUUACCUGAUUCCAUCCCCUUCUCCUCUCAGUAGAUGGUGGGGGUGGAGGUGGGGGGAGGGCAAGCGGUGCCCUGAGGAGGCAGGGCCCAGUGCUGGGUGAGCAGGGGUAGGGGGAGAGGAGGCCUGAAAGCCCAGGGGAGAGCCCCCAGACCUACUGGAAAGAGUUUGGGAGACUUGGGAUGCCGAGACCACCCAAGUGGUGCUAGAGACACUGUCUCCCCCACCCAGGACACAUGCUCGAACACCCCCUCCAGUCUGCACCAAACUGAGGGUGUUUUUAUGUGACUCCCAGGAACCGCCUUGGCCUCUGUGCUGCAGGCAGGCUCAGGGAUGCUCCUGGAGACUGGCCUCAGGAGGGGGCUCUCAGACUAGUCCGAAACUCCCCACAUGGGAGUCCUAGGGGCAGCCACCCCACAGGACCGUGGAGGAAACACACGCUCAGGCUCUCUGCCUCAGCCAGCCGCGCCUGCCUUCCCCGCCCCACCCAGGACAUUGCAAACAUGUCUUCUUGGCCCACCUGUAUGAGACUAGAGUGGGGUGUUCGGUGCAUUGGUCCUGGGCACCAGGCCUGCCCCUAGGUCCAGCCCCAGAGUCUCCAUUUACUUCACACCCUUCCCGGAGGGUCCUGGGACACUGAGAGAAGCUUGUGGCCCCUCGCUCAGGGCUCACUCUGCCCUGACAGCUGCAGAGCGAGUGGCUGGCGGAAACAGGAAUUAGGGAAAAGCCAGGAUGUGGCCAGAUCAGAUGCCCAAACAGACAUGGAUUAGAACCCAGGAAAGAGGAGUGAGGACUGGCCUGGGGGGCUUGGGGGGGGGGCGCUCAUCCCAAGCGAGUUCUCAGGAACUGAAGAGCCCUCCAGACCUAGAGUGUGUCUGAGUUUAGCCUCGCAGCUUGUAGGCUGCCCCUGGAAUGCUGACUCAGCGAGCUGUAGCAGGAACUGAAUCCUUCAGAGGGGUCCAGGAGCUCACCCCAAAAACCCCCCAUCCAAGGUGACAAUGCAGGUCUGUUUGCUCAACACCUGGUCAGGUGAAUCAGGCAGAAGCUGGUGGGAUGGGGGCUUUUCCAGCUGAGCCUAGAGCAUCAUGACCCCUUCCCCACCUCCUACCCAGUCUGAGAUAGGAUUUCUUUCCCUGGAGCAGGGACAGGAGUAAUGGUCUGACCACAGGGGGCUCUGAGCAUGCAGGGGUGAGCGGGAAGGGGGAGGUCAGAGCCAGAACCACAUACUCUCAGGGCUUCCUGCUGAGAACACUAGAGUUCAGGAUUCAAACAUUCCAUAGGUAAAAGGAGUCUGAGUUUGCAAAAACCUCAUAACUGCAAGAUUCCAGCAGGAGGGUCUCGGGGUUCCCAGAUUCCAUCCCUAUAGGGUUCCAUGCUGCUAAUUCUUGAGACAUCAAGUCCCAUUGUUCACCUGUGGUCCCCAAACCAGCAGGCCCAAACAGUGACAAAGCACAAAGAGAAAAAAUGCAAGAGGGAGGAGGGAUGUCGAGAGACACAGCUGGAAACACAGUUUCCCGGCCCCGCCCCCAACCCAGCCGAGAUGGAGCUGGGGAGGGUACAGGACCGUCUGGGUGUGAGGUCACAUUUCCCUCCCUGGACAGGGCAGGGGGAUGCAGUGAUAGAGUGGCCUCAUUCCUGAUCUUUCUGGGUGUCGAGGCGGGUGGGGUUCCUGGCCUUGCCAAUCAGACCACAGUUCCCACUGGCUAGCGGAUGGGUCAGCUCAGCUCAGGAGCCAAGGAGAGGCCUGUGGAAACUGGCUCAAUUUGGGGAAGGUCUCAUCAGGGAUUGCCCCCACCCCCAGCCAGGACGCUGCUCCAGGACCAGGGAUUUUCUGCUGACAAGUUCUCAGGCCUACCAGUCUUCUGCUGAGGACCCAUCUGAAGGCAGACAAAGGCCGGGAUUGGUGUGAUGCCC